UGGGUGAGAGCUCUUGCCUCUGUUUCGUGCAUCAGCAAACGCAAGGGUAUAAAACCUAAGAGUACCCCUCGUUGAGCUUUGUUGCCCAUCCUUCAUUCACAUACACCAACACACCAACAACACACCAACAACACACAACACAUCACAAUGUCUAAGUCCCAGGUUUUCUUCGAUGUCACCGCCGGAGGCCAGCCUCUUGGCCGCAUUGUCAUGGAGCUCCGUGGUGAUGUCGUCCCUAACACCGCCGAGAACUUCCGCGCUCUCUGCACUGGUGAGAAGGGCACCGGCCGCAGUGGCAAGCCUCUCCACUUCAAGGGUGCUUCCUUCCACCGUGUCAUCCCCCAGUUCAUGCUCCAGGGUGGUGACUUUACUGCCGGCAACGGUACCGGUGGUGAGUCCAUCUACGGCGAGAAGUUCAAGGACGAGAACUUCUCUCUGAAGCACACUGGCCCCGGUAUCCUCUCCAUGGCCAACGCCGGCCCCAACACCAACGGCUCCCAGUUCUUCAUCUGCACUGAGAAGACUUCGUGGUUGGACGGCAAGCACGUCGUCUUCGGCCAGGUCGUCGAAGGUCUCGACGUCGUCAAGAAGGUCGAGUCCUACGGUUCCUCCUCCGGUGCCACCAAGGCCAAGAUCGUCAUCGCCGACUGCGGCCAGCUUGCCUAGACGCUUGCACGGACGCAAGGCGGAUAAAAGCAUUCGAGCAAUGGAUUGAAAGGUUUCGGAACACAAAAGUGGGCGGGGAUUAGUAUGACAUUGGUGUCAGAACGACCCGAGGAAACACGUCAGUGGCUGGGACGGAGUAAAGCCAUUGUGUCUAUAUAAUGAGACAAUGAACUUAUGACUUCGCCAAUUGCUGUCUUCCGAAACUCUGCUUGACGGUUCGACCCUUCAAUAUCAUUCAUCUUACCUAUCGCUGCCAUCAGCCUUGCAUCGCAAUGGUGAGAAGCAAGUCGUAAGUGCUUGCUGCCAUUC